UGCCAUCUCGUUUCGUCCUUUAGAUUUACAACACGUUCACCGCCGUUCGCCGCUACGCGGUAUGCCGCCUAUUGUUGUUUUCAGUCUCGCCAGUCGCCACUCGCCAGUGAUACUACAGACGGCAAUUGUUGUGGUUAUGCACUGCCGCGAUAGAAGAAUUUGAAUUUGUUAUUGUUAUUUUUUUCGCUUAAUUUAAAAUUUGUCGGUGUGCGACAGCCGUUGGUUAUUAUUAUUUUAUUUAUUUUCGUCUAGUGAAAUCUUUCGAGUUUCGUGUAUGUACUUAUAAUCAUGUGAAUCGUUUUGGAAAUUGCGUACUGUACGUCCAUAUGCUCGGAUAUACACCUGUUGCGUUUCGGUUGAUUUUCAUUUUUUUAAGUUACAGUGUGAGUAUAAUCACGACUGUUUUAAAUGCGGAAUGGUGAUGAGGUGAGAGUUAUAUGUUGUUUAAAGUUUUUCGUGUCGCAAGCAAAGCCGGUUGACUCAAAAAUGGGCAACUCGCACAGCGGCAAAUCUGAGUGCAGCUCGCCGGUGUCGUCUCCGCAACACCAGCUGCACUUGCCGGUGGAAUUGCCCAAGACACACAAUUUGCGAGCUAGUAUACGAACUAAAAUACCUUUGCCGGACAAGAAUGAACUAGAGAGACGGUUCACGAAGGUCUUGGCAUCUAUGAAUUUGCCUGCGGACAAAGCGAAGCUCCUGAAACAGUACGACGACGAAAAGAAAUGGGACCUUAUUUGCGAUCAGGAAAGGGUUCAAGCAAAAGAUCCACCUGCUCAUUAUUUAUUUAGACUACGGACCUACUUGGAUCCAAAAGCUUCCCGGAGUUCAAGAAAACGAAAAAUGGUCGGAGACGCCACGUCCACUCAAGUCCUAAGGGAUCUUGAAAUAUCUUUGCGGACCAACCACAUAGAGUGGGUCCGUGAAUUUCUCGACGACCAAAACCACGGACUGGACUCGUUGAUCGACUACCUGAGCUUUAGGCUGGUGAUGAUGAGGCACGAGCAAAGGGCAUGCGCGGACGUCACUAACGUUUCUACCGAGAAGCUAACUCAAAGUAAUCACCAUGCUCAUGCAAACUGCGUUGGUAGUAACGGUAAUGCGGUGAAUCACGCGAGACCCACUUUAGACGUGCUGGACAGUCCCGACAUAAAGAAGAGAUCGAGGCACGCUGCCAGGCUGAACAUGGGCGAUACCAAAGACGACAUACACGUUUGCAUCAUGUGCUUGCGGGCCAUUAUGAACAAUAAGUACGGAUUGAAUAUGGUUAUUCAACAUACUGAUGCUAUAAAUAGUAUCGCUCUGAGUCUGAUGCACAAAAGUUUAAGAACAAAAGCUCUAGUGCUAGAGCUUUUGGCUGCAAUAUGUCUAGUCAAGGGUGGUCACGAGAUCAUCCUAUCAGCUUUCGAUAACUUCAAAGAAGUUUGUCAAGAAAAAAAACGUUUUCAAACUCUAAUGGAUUACUUUAUAAACUACGAAGUCUUCCAUAUCGAAUUCAUGGUUGCUUGUAUGCAAUUCAUAAAUAUAAUUGUACAUUCGGUGGAAGACAUGAAUUUUCGGGUCCAUUUGCAAUACGAAUUCAGUACGCUCGGCCUAGAUGAUUAUCUUGACAAACUCAAGCAUACUGAAAGCGAAGAACUGCAAGUCCAGAUUUCGGCGUAUCUUGACAAUGUGUUUGAUGUAGCUGCCUUGAUGGAAGACAGUGAAACCAAAACGGCUGCGUUAGAAAAAGUGGAAUCUCUGGAGGACGAACUGGCGCACGCUCACGAUAGACUGGGUGAACUGGAACACGAGUCAUUGGCUCAACUGGCGGCUUUAGAGAGCGCAUUGGGUAUGGCGCGAGCGGAAAGGGACGCGGCGGCCGAGAGCAAACGCGCUGUUGAAGAAGAAGUAGCAACACUAAGGCGAGUCGUUAAUGACCAAAAGCGAGAGUCUCAAUCCAGGCAAUCCAUACUCGAAGAGAAAAUUCAGGAGCUGAUCUCGCGAGGAGCUCAUCCAGACUUAAGUAUGAUAAAUCAUAGACGCUCUAGCAGUGGUGUCUCGAGUUGUUCUUCUACGGGCAGCAAUAGUAUAUCUACGUCUCCUCCUCCUCCACCACCACCUCCUCCUCCGCCACCAGCUCCUUCAAUAGCUGGUCCCCCACCGCCACCACCACCACCACCUCCUCCGAUGUCUUCUAAACCCACAGGCAUACCCGCGCCACCACCUUUAGCGGGGACUAUGCAAGCGCCAGAUGGUGCUAUGACUAUCAAACGCAAAGUACUGACCAAGUACAAGUUACCGACUUUGAACUGGGUUGCCAUGAAACCGAAUCAAGUUCGAGGUACAAUUUUUAAUGAAUUAGAUGACGACAAGUUACACGCUGUGAUAGAUUUUAGCCAAUUUGAAGAAAAGUUCAAAUUGACUGCGGCUGGGCGUGCGUUAAUCAAUGGAGAUUCUGAUCGACACGAUGGAUUAAUGACUUAUCCUAGCAAGCGAAUGAAAAAGCAAGACAGUAUUUCCCUCUUGGAGCAUACUCGAUUAAGGAAUAUAGCUAUUUCAAGGAGAAAACUAGAUAUGCCGGUUGAUCGCGUUAUAAUGGCUGUCAACUCGUUAGAUCUGAAACAAGUACCUUUGGAAAGUGUUGAGAUUCUACAGCGAAUGAUUCCUACAGACCAAGAGGUCAAGGCUUAUAGGGAAUAUCAAUUGGAAAAGAAAGACAUGAAUAUGUUUACCGAGGAAGAUAAGUUCCUAAUGCAAUUAACCAAAGUAGAAAGACUGGCUACGAAACUAUCCAUAAUGAAUUAUAUGGGUAACUUUUUGGACAACCUUCAUUUGAUAUCACCGCAAGUACAUGCAAUUAUAUCAGCUUCGAGUUCUGUGAAAAAUUCUAAGAAGUUCCGUAAGGUGUUAGAAGUAGUUCUGGCUUUUGGUAAUUACAUGAACAGUGCAAAACGUGGUCCGGCAUAUGGAUUUAAACUGCAAUCUCUCGAUACACUAGUGGAUACUAAGUCAAGUGAUAAACGCAUGUGUUUACUUCAUUACAUUGUUGAUACUAUUAGAACCAAGAUGCCAGAACUCAUGAAUUUUGAUUCAGAAUUUAUGUACAUUGAUAAAGCUGCAACUGUGUCGCUGGAAAAUGUCAUUACUGAUGUCAAUGAAUUGGAAAAGAAUAUGGAAAUUGUUAAGAAAGAGUGUGAGACACGAGGUCAUGGUAAUGCACAAAACGUUUUGGUGUUAAGAGACUUUCUAAAUAAUUCAGAAGAUAAACUGAAAAGAUUAAAAAACGAGUCUAAAACAGCUCAAGAUACAUUUAGAGAUUGUGUAGAAUAUUUUGGUGAACCCCGUCGAGGUACUGAUGCUAACACUUUCUUCUCUAUGCUCGUCAGAUUUGUUAAAGCGUUUAAGGUUUCUGAUACUGAGAAUGAACAAAGAAGGCGGUUAGAAGAAGCUGCAUGUCAGAUAAAGGCGGCUAGUACUGAAAAUUUAGCAUCCAAAAAUAAAAUGAAUCAAAAAAUGCAACAAGAUGCUGUGAUAAAUGAACUGAAAAACAAAACUAAGAUGGUUAAGGAGAAAAAGUUGUUGCACCAAGAUGAAGUCUAUAAUGGAGCAUUGGAGGAUAUUUUGUUAGGUCUGAAAAAUGAACCCUAUCGCCGAGCUGAUGCUGUUCGAAGAAGCCAACGAAGGCGUAUUGACAAUAAUCGGCUGUCAAGAACAUUGGAAGAAUUAGAGUUUUAAAGUAACCCUCUUAAUAUAUGUGAGAUAUAAAUUAAUUGAUCCACUACAGAAUCUCAUUUACGAUAACAAGUCAGGUUAUGAAAAUUAGCUGUAUUUUAUAAAUAACAUUUUUGACAGUUUUUUUUUGGGGGGCUUCUUAAAAAAAUUAACCUAGUGCAUUCCACUCGAUAAAACAAUUUUAUUUAUUGAAAAUACUAUUAUAAUCUAUUUAUUUGUUAAAAUUUUGCUUGUUAUUUUACAUAUUAUUUAUUAUAUUAAGCACAAUAAUGUUAUAAAUAUUACAAUUUCUUUUUAGGGUUUUUGUUAUAUCGUAUGAAAUGUAUUACAAUUAUUCUCUUUUGAUAAAGAACUUGUUAACUUUAGUAUGCCACAUACUAUUUAGUUAUGUUUAUUAUUGAUGCCAAUAGUCUAUUUGUAUGUUGUUCUAACUUAUUUAUACCAUUAAAAUUAAGAUAGAUUAUUUAUUUUUGUAUAAUGAAAUGUAGUCUUCUCAUUCUGUAACUUUAAAAGGUAAGAUUUUAAAAUUUAAUUAGGAAAAUCUUAGGAAACUAAGAUUACUAUAGCUAUAACAUUUAUGCGUAUUAUCAAAAACUAUUUAAGACGUAAAAAAAAAAAAAUAGUAAUAAACUUCAAUAACCCAUCACUCUUACUCUUUUUAUUAUUAUUUUUUAUAUUUAAUAAUAUUACUUGGAGUUUGCAUAAAUAAAAAAUGUAUGUUUUUUAGUUUAAAAAGGUUAUGUUUUUAUAAUGAUUUUUUAAACAAAAAAUUAAGAUGGGCUUGUACAGGAAACUGAGGACAGUAAACAAUUUAAUUACUAGUCAAUAUUCAUUGUACCAUUAAUUUUUUUACAUUUGAUCAUAAUUGAAAAAAAAUUUCAGUAUUUUGAUAAUCUAACUUAUGCAAAUUCUUACUAUAUUAGUCCAUAUUUGACUGUAUAGUGAAUUUUUUUUAUACAUUAGUAAGUAUUGCAUAAUUUGUAUUUUAUAAUAUAAAUAUAUUGUUAUAUAGAUGUAUAUAAUAAUAUGUAUUUACAUUUUUUUUAAUGAUUUCCUACUAAUUAUACUUUUAUAGUUUUUGAUUUUGUUUUUCUAAAUUUUGCCUAUUACUGAAAAUAUUUACAACUAUAAACAUUGUAGGCAAACUGAUUUUCAACUACUCUUCACUCUUUAGAAAAUAAGUCAUCUUGUUCUGAUGUCUUGUAUUUUUUUUUAAAUGUGAAAAAUAAUAUUAAAUUGAUUAGAUUAAGUGCCAUCGAUGAAAGUAGGUAAUAUGUUCAAAAAAUAAAUCUGUAUUCCUAGUUCCAUGCUAUUAU